AUGGGUGCAGCAAUAUCACUACCUUUGAUGCCGAUAUCAUCGUUGGCAUCGUGCUUUGGUGCAGCUGCGUGCUCAGCAUUCUGCACAUCCAUUGGUGGUACAUUUAGCUCAUCAAUAAUGACGAGAAUCACGUAUGCAAUAAUACUACUUAUAAACUCACUUUUGUCCUGGAUAGCGUUGUCCCCGUUUAUUGUGCAUAAACUUGAAAAAGCAUCCUUUGGAUUUAUAAAUAUUCGAUGUGGACCCGAUGGGAGUCAAUGUAUAAGCUUUACUUCCGUGCAUAGGAUAAAUUUUGCUCUUGGAUGUCUUCACCUUAUAUUGGCUGCUUUGCUUAUAGAUGUCAAGUCUACAAGUAACCCAAGAGCAGUAAUACAAAAUGGAGCCUGGAAAAUGAAAAUAUUCGCUUGGAUUUCCUUUAUACUCAUCAACUUUAUCCUCAUACCAGAUGAAUUUUUUGUUUUUUACGGAAAUCAUAUUGCCAUAAUCUUUUCAACGAUAUUUUUGGGAAUUGGUCUUAUCCUCUUGGUUGAUUUUGCCCAUGCAUGGGCCGAAACGUGUUUGGAAAAGAUUGAGAUGGAAGAGCUAACGGGAGAAGGAGAUGCUGGUUUUUGGAAGAAACUAUUAAUUGGAGGAACGCUUACCAUGUAUAUUACCAGUAUCAUAUUAACAAUUGUUAUGUACUGGUUUUUUGCCGGUAAAGGUUGUUCAAUGAAUAAAACUGCAAUUAGCUUGAAUGUAGUGUUUGCCACUAUUAUAUCCGGAAUGUCGAUCCACAAUACUGUGCAAGAGUACAAUUCACAUGCUGGGUUGGCGCAAUCGUCGAUGGUGGUGUUUUACUGCACCUAUUUGGUGAUGUCUGCAGUAGCUUCAGAGCCAGAUGACAAAUUCUGUAAUCCAUUAAUUAGAUCGAGAGGGACUAGAACAGCCAGUGUUGUUCUAGGAGCAUUUUUCACAUUUAUUGCUGUUGCAUAUACUACAACGAGAGCAGCUGCCAAUUCUGCAUUUAGCACCGAGCACGAUAUUGCAACCACUGGGUCGGGAUCAUUAUCUACUGCAAUGGCAACCACGAGUCAACCAGCGAUUAGGAACGAAAUGAGAUACCAGGCUAUUAAGCAAGCUGUUGACGAAGGGUCGUUACCAGAGAGUGCAUUAACGCAGCAAGAUUUGUAUGACGAUGAAAGUACCGGAGACGAAGAGAAGGCUUCAGUUCAAUACAACUAUUCCUUAUUCCAUCUCAUCUUUUUCAUGGCGACACAAUACGUGGCCACCUUGUUAACAAUCAAUGUAAAGCAAGAUGAUUACGGUGAUUUUGUUCCCGUAGGUAGAACUUAUUUUGCAAGUUGGGUCAAGAUUGUAAGUUCAUGGGUUUGUUUUAUUCUUUACGGAUGGAGCUUAAUUGCUCCAGUUAUUUGGCCCGAUAGAUUCGGUGUCCAACUUUAG